AUGGUCUGCGGCCUCAAGCGCACCUUGAACGGGUUGCUUCAGGCGCCGCGUGCGUGGCAUAUGCGUCUAAGGGAGGAGCUCGGGAACUUUGAAUUUGUAACGUCAAUAACUGACACCAGAAUAGUAGCCGGGGAGCUGAUCUACCUAGUGGUGUGGGUGGACGACAUUCCAGUGGCGGCCCGGGGAGGGGAUUGCAUUGCAAAGGCGAAGGAGUAUUUGGGGGGGAAAUUCGCCGUGCGCGAUUUGGGGGAGGCGAAAUACUUCCUCGGCAUGGAGCUGACGCAGCCGACGGAGGAGCACUGGCGGGCGGCGCUUGGCGUUGUGCGCUACCUAGCGGGUACGGCAGAGGACGGGGUAAUCUUUGGGGGGAGCGGAGAGAAUUUCACCGUUUAUUGCGACGCCGAUCAUGCGGGUGACGUGGACACAAAGCGGUCCACAACGGGAUACGUUUUCUUGAUGUACGGAAGGGCGGUGCUGGUCGAGUAG